AUGUUGUUCGAGCAGCUUAAGAAGUUCCGCAUCGUCCUAGACAGCUCCGAGGACGGCACCCCGCCGGUGUUCAGCAGCGGAGACGUGCUCUCCGGCCGGGUCUUACUGGAGCUGAGCAGAACUUCCCGGGUGACGUCCCUGAAGCUGCACGCCGUGGGUUACGCGAAGGUCCACUGGACCGAGUCCCGCAGCGCCGGCUCCAGCUCGGCGUACACCCAGAACUACAGCGACGAGGUGGACUUUCUGAACCACCGGGAGACGCUGCUGCAAGCAGAGGACAAUAAUGAGCCCAAAGUGCUGCAGGCAGGGAGACACGAGUUCCCCUUCAGCUUCCAGCUGCCAGAAGACACCCUGGUGACUUCCUUUGAAGGCAAACAUGGAAGCAUCCGGUAUGCAGUGAAGGUGAAAUUGCAUCGGCCCUGGUGUACCGUGAAAAAGAUCAAACAAGAAUUUACCGUAAUUGAGCCAAUCGAUAUCAACACCCGACACUGCUGGUAAGCACCCCAGGCUGGCGCCAAAGAGAAGAUGGCACGUCUACUGUACCGCAAUAUUGGACAGGUGUCUCUGACUGCCAAGAUUGACAGGAAAGGCUACACUCCAGGUGAAGUGAUCCCCAUCUUUGCUGAAUUUUACAACUCCACCUACCGCAGUGUUGUCCCCAAGGCUUUCAUUACCCAGACACAGACUUUUAUUGCCCGGGGGACAAUGAAGCAGAAGAAGUCUGUGGUGGCCACCUUGAACGGCGACGCCAUCAGUGCCAAAAAGCGAGAUACCUGGCACGGCCGGGCAAUCAAAAUCCCUCCAGUGGGCCCAUCCAUCCUGCAGUGCCGCAUUAUCAGGGUGGAGUACAACCUGCGGGUGUGUGUUCAUAUUCCUGGCACUUCCAAGCUUUCUCUGGAGCUGCCCCUGGUCAUUGGCACCAUCCCCCUUCACCCCUUCGGGAGCCGGACCUCCAGUGUCAGUAGUCAGUACAGCGUCAACCUGGAGUGGCUCCGCAUGGCCAUCCCCGAGCAGCCUGAGCCUCCACCAGAUUACAGCGCCAUUGUGUCUGAUGAAGAGGCGGAGCAGCACAUGACCCCCCCUCAGAUCGAGGAGGACAUCACGGGGGUCCUGGAGCGGCCCUACUUCGCUUAUGUGCAGGAAUUCCGAUAUCGGCCUCCCCCCGUCUAUUCAGAGGUUGACCCCAACCCUCAGGGCUCCGCCAUCAGACGCCGCUGCAUGACCUGCUGAGCGCCCAGUCGGAGGCCGCGGGUAGCGGCGCCAGUCAGAACUUCUUCCUUUGAGGAGAGGUGCAAUUGUGCACCCACUUGAACUCGGAUGCAGGGGCGGACGUCCUGUGUGGGCACGGGCGGUGCCCCCUGUGCUGUGACUGAAGCAGACUGCUAGACGCUUCUGCGAUUCUGUCCUUAAAAAGUUGGUACCUGAACCGACAAUUUGCCAAAUGAAACCUGGGAGUGGAGGACGAGAGGAGAAAGCCAUGCCAGGGCGGGUGCGACGCAGCACUUGGUCUUCACAACUUGCCUUUCCCCCACCCCACCAGGCUACCUGGCAUCUUCGACCGAGGGUGGCACAACCCUGGUGUUGUAUUCUGUUUCUGCUUGAAGCUCUGGUGCUGUGGGACAGCAGAAAUUCUGCCCAGAGGGGACGGGUGGCUGUUCUUGGUGAUGGCACCACGUUGGUCUUUACCUCAAGUGCCAAUUAUAGGGCUACACUUGCUUCAGGGAUCCUAUGCCAGCUUAAUAGUUGUAAUUGUUGGCAGUGGCACAAUUCACUGGGUUGCCUACACAACGUAUGAAGUGCAGCAGGCUUUGGAGAAGAGGGCAUUGCCAGGCUGCUGUGCAGGAUGUGGGUGCCAGUCUGUUCCUGGCUUCUCCCAGGGGUGAUGCCCUAAUUUCAGUGCCAUGUCGGAGGACUUGUGGAUCUUUUGCAUUUCUUGAGGUGCCUUUCACUUGACACAUUCCAGCUUGUUGGCAGUCAGGCUGCGACUGGGAGCCCCUCAGGGUGGCACGCAGCUCGGACCCCAUGCCUUAUUUAUGUUCUUUACAUGAACACCAAAGGACUCGUUGUUGUUGACACUUUGUGGUUUUUGUCUUUUUGUAAACAUUUUUAAUAAAGCCAAAGAUCAGUG